AUGCUCUCAAAUUCACUGAAAAAGAAACUAUCCGAUGGAAUAACAAAAAUGACUAAGAUGGCCCCAAGUCGUGACGUGGCGGCGGCGAAAAUGAAAGAGACGGUAUCCCAAUUACAAAAUGGAUUCGAUAAUGUAAAAACAGCAUGCAAACAGAAGUACACAACAGAAUUACACAAACGUUGGCAAGAAGAACAAUUUCAGGCUUCCAAGCUGAAAAAUGCAUUCAACGAUUUCAAAACACAGACGACUUCAAAAUUCAUGAGCAGAGAUGAUUAUAAUACUUUGUUGAAUAAGUUCAAGUCAAAAAUCGGCCGUUCCACUUCGAAUUCGACAAAAUCCGACUCGAUUUCAAGAGCCGAACACGAGAAAAUUGUGGAAUCACUGAAAUUGAAAUUCGAGAAAAGGGAGAAGUCGACUCCAGCGAGCAACGAAGAUAUUCGGAUACUCAGGGACUAUAUUCAAGGAUUGUUCGCGAAACAAACGAAACAAACCGAAUUGCAUCACUUGGAGCGAAAAAAAGAAUUCUCUCAACUCAUCGAAAAAAUCGAAAAAGUUCCGAAUGAAGUUGUGAAAGUUCAGAAGAGACAAUUUUGGAACAAUUGGAUGAAGCGGAUUCCAGUUUUCCCACUAUUUGUGAAGAAUGCAUUUACCAUCUAUUUCUCCGCCAAAACGAUCAGUUGGAUGUACAAGUUUGGUCUCCCCGUCAUCGGAACCCUUCUUCUCUUCGCCAGAUAA